ACUUGAAAACGACAACUUCAAGGCCAGAAAUUACCCGGAAAACCAGACAAUUUGGUAAGAAAUUACCGAGAAACCCGAGAAGAACCAAAGAAAAAACCAGACAACUGCAAUCCGAGGUCAAAGGUCACGCUGAAUUCGACGAAACAACCAUGUUCGCUCUAGUCUACUUCCCGACUCUGCGAAACCAUUCCGUGCUGGGUCUUGGGGAGCUAUCGUCGGCUGUCGCCGAAGGAGAUCAAGUCUAUUUGAAUGUACCAGGAGCAGGCGCAGGCACGGGGUCAGUCAGUCCCGGUGCCGGUGGGGGAGGUCAUUUUGCCCAAAACCACUCCAGACUGCCAAUUCAAGUGCUCGAAAUCGGCACACGCCACGAGCUGCACGCACUCAGACGUGCACAUCAAACAGUGAACAACAGCAGCGCCGCGAACGCAGCAGCAAAGGCACGUGUGGUUUUUUUUGCACCAAAUUUCAAAAUUUUCGGUUUAUUUUUCACCACCACCACAUCGUUUCUGGUUAAUUUCCCAGCUAAUGGGGAAGCAGCAGCAGCCGGUGUCACCACUCGUCAACGCGGUACCAAACGUCCUCACUCAACAACCAAUACAUCCGACGAACACGGCCAGACCAAGUCCGACCCUACCCUGACCUCGAGCUCAAGCUCAGUUGCCCACGAUCCUACCACCACCACCUCGCCAACCUCAGCCCAAACGACGCACCACCUAUUCGGUGCCCUCACAUCACUGCCCGGACUGNGAACGCAGCAACAAAGGCACGUGUGGUUUUUUUUGCACCAAAUUCCAAAAUUUUCGGAAUGGUCACAGCAGUGUGCUCAAUGGGCCGCAUGUCAACGUGCCAUCGACAACUAUACCGUCUGGUUCCAAAACAGAACCGCCGUGAGCAGUAACCCAUCGGUCGUAUCGACGUUCGCCAACGGAGAGAGGGAUAUUUGGUCCCAAGUGGGUCAAAAUCCAGACGAUAGUGUUGGCGAUAGUAACGGUAUUAAAGACGAACCUCUGGACGGGACGGAUGACCCCGAUUCCGACUCACCUGCACCCACC